AUGGAUAGUUACGAUACAAGGACCCUAUAUUCGAGGGAGGUGCUGCGCCAGGUUGCUGACUCAAUACAUUGGCAGCGAAAUGAACUUUCUGUCACCCUCCCUGCGCACACUAUAUGGAGGGCUGCCAUCCGAGCUGCCGAAGCAGCCCUCAGCGAUAUUGAUAAACCGAUGCUUUUAAUGCCUCGCGGAACAGGAAACACUUCGGAAUCGCCCUCGGGAAACGGCUUAGGUCUCCCAAUUCGAACAACUAUCGCUCUAAAAACGGUGGAACCCCGCUCGCCGCUGAGUACAGCAGCUCGCCAACGUCUCCGCAAGAUGGCUGAAGAGGCUGCCAAUACCGAAUUUCGAGAUCCCAACGACACUGACCCUCUCUGCAAGCUCGAUAUCAUGUACACUGUCUAA